AUUAGGUCGACGUGUAUGUUCGCUCAGUCGGCGCAGAUACUGAAUGAACAUCUCUUAUACUGUUAUCCAUAACAUUUUGGGUUGGAACCAUGGCCGGGGAAAUGUCCAUAAUAGGUUCUGUCAUCCUGGCUUUGUUCCUGGCAGGAUAUCUGGGACAGCAGUACCUGCCCCCUCCAAAGCCCAGGGUCAUUGGGUUGGAUCUAGGGACCACUUUCUGCUCUGUGGGAGUGUUUCAGCCUGGCACAGGCGAGAUUGAGGUUAUUGGAGAUGACAAAGGUCACAAAAGCAUUCCGAGUGUGGUGACAUUCACCCCGACCGGUGUGUUUUCUGGACAUGAGGGUCAGGAACUGUCUGACAUAAAUCCUCAAAACACAAUCUAUGAUGCCAAGAGAUUUAUAGGGAAGAUUUUCGACCAAGAGACUUUAGAUAAAGAGAGCGCACGAUACCCGUUUAAGGCGAUAUUCAACAAUGGGAGUGCAGAAUUUUUAGUCUCUACAAAUAGCACCUUCACAGUUACUCCUGAAUUCAUCGGAUCCCGUCUCCUCCUGAAAAUGAAAAAGAUGGCAGAAAAGCAACUGGGAAUACCUAUUGAUAAAGCCGUCAUAUCAGUGCCAGCAGAGUUUGAUGAGAGGCAAAGAAACUACACCAUAAGAGCUGCUAACCUAGCUGAAAGCUGUUUGGUUUGGAAGUAA